AACAAAAGUAAAAAAAAAAGGUUCGUACAAAUUGGAAGAAACAUUUUUGUGCUCUAAUUGGAUUUAAGUGGAAUUUUUCUUCUUAUACGAACAGAAAAAAAAUCGAUUAUUCAAUAGCAAAUGCAAAUAAAAAUGAAAAAACUUAAAAUUAAAAUUGCAAAAUUAUAAAACAGUGUUUAAAAUAAAUUAAAUAAUAAGCUAAAAAGUGUAAAAAAAUUAAAGAAAGAAUCUUCCUUAAAAACGAAAAAAAAAAAAACACAAUAACAUAUAACUUAUAUCCGCCUGAAAAUUGCUAUAAUUUAUAAUAGUUCUCAAAAGCAGCGUUUGUCCUCCCUACGCUGUUGUCAAAAAAAGAAAAAAGCCAAAAAACUAUUAAAAAAUCAAUAAUUUUGCUUCUCGAGGUUUUUUGAAAAAUUUCCAAAAUUGCGAAACAUAUUUUAAGCUUUUUAAAAAAGAAAAAAACUCCUCAAACAUCUAGUGCAGCGGGCGAGGACAAUACAAAGAGCACACAGCAGCAGGAGUCGUCCACACAGCUAGCCAAGCAGCUUGAGCCAAGCAGUCCAGGCGCGUCGUCUAGCAAAUCGUCGCCAUCGCUGACGGCCAAUAAAUUGGACUCUGCCACUGCUCGGCCGCAGGCAUCGUCCACUUCACCCUCUCAAUCAUCGUCGUCGUUGCUGCAGCAAAAAUCCAGCAAAAUAACUCCGCCUACAGGUGCACACUCCGCCUCAACUUCGUCACUUACUAACGCCCAGGCAGCAAACGCCAGCGAUAGUUCGGACGCCCCUCAAGUGUCUGCCACAGCAACCUUUCGUCUAUCAGCGCUUACCGGUACCAUCUCGAAAAUGGGUAACAACGCCACGACAUCCAACAAGAAGGUUGAUGCUGCCGAAACCGUCAAGGAGUUUCUCGAACAGGCCAAAGAAGAAUUUGAAGAGAAAUGGCGCCGCAAUCCCACAAAUACCGCCUGUCUCGAUGACUUCGAACGCAUCAAGACCUUGGGUACGGGCUCUUUUGGUCGCGUCAUGAUAGUACAACACAAGCCGACAAAAGACUAUUACGCCAUGAAAAUACUCGACAAGCAGAAGGUCGUCAAACUAAAGCAGGUCGAACACACACUCAACGAGAAGCGUAUUCUGCAGGCCAUACAAUUUCCCUUCUUGGUUUCCCUACGCUAUCAUUUUAAGGACAACUCCAACCUCUACAUGGUGCUGGAGUAUGUACCCGGCGGUGAGAUGUUCUCGCAUCUGCGCAAAGUGGGUCGUUUCUCGGAGCCCCACUCGCGCUUCUACGCAGCCCAGAUCGUACUCGCCUUUGAGUAUUUGCACUAUCUCGACUUGAUAUAUCGUGACUUGAAGCCUGAGAAUCUGCUUAUCGACUCACAGGGCUACCUCAAGGUAACCGAUUUUGGUUUUGCCAAACGUGUCAAGGGUCGCACUUGGACUCUUUGCGGCACACCCGAAUACCUCGCCCCUGAGAUUAUUCUCUCGAAGGGCUAUAACAAGGCCGUCGAUUGGUGGGCCCUCGGUGUACUCGUCUAUGAAAUGGCCGCUGGCUAUCCACCCUUCUUUGCCGAUCAACCCAUACAGAUUUACGAGAAAAUCGUAUCGGGUAAAGUGCGUUUUCCCUCACACUUUGGCUCUGAUCUAAAGGAUCUGUUGCGCAACCUGUUGCAAGUGGAUCUGACCAAACGCUAUGGCAAUUUGAAGGCCGGCGUUAACGAUAUUAAAAAUCAGAAAUGGUUUGCCUCCACAGAUUGGAUAGCGAUCUUCCAGAAGAAAAUUGAGGCACCAUUUGUGCCACGGUGUAAAGGACCCGGUGAUACCAGUAAUUUCGAUGAUUACGAGGAAGAGGCGCUGCGGAUCUCAAGCACCGAAAAGUGCGCCAAAGAGUUUGCUGAAUUCUAAUUGUAUUCUUUUAUUUAUUAUUAUUAUUAUUAUUGUUUCUUUACUAAAAAAACAACAAAACAAACCAAAACCAACGUACGUUCGUGCAUUCUCAUCACACCUGGUUGUUCGCCCCGCUCGUUCGUUCGCUCGCUCGUACGUCCGUCGUCGUCGUAGUUCGUAGUUUUGUGCAUUAAAAAAAAAAAAUAAUAAUAAAAAUACGCGUUGCGUUCGUUUCAUUGUUUCAUUAACUAUAAAACAUAAAACUAAGCAAAUAAUAACAAUUAAUUAAAAAUUACACCUAAAAACAAGAAUUAGUAAUAAUUAAAAAUGUGAAAAAUAAACUUAAUUAUUUUCCGUUCGAUCCGUUGGUAAAUACAAAAUAAUAAUAAAAAUGUUUAUAAUAAAUAAGAGAGACAAGUGUUUUUUUUAAAAAGUGUCGUUUAAUUAUUUUUUUAUUUAAAAACUUUCGGUUCGGUUAACUAAAUUCCUAGCAUAAAGAAUCUAGAACAAAUUGAAAACAUUAACACUUCCAAACAAAUAAAAGAACUUUCACAACCGCCAAACAUCAAACUGAAUUUCAUUAUAACUACAACAGCUGGUUAACUCCAGUACUAAUACUGGAGGUUUAUUAAAGCUGCAGUGGGGAUUAAUAUUAUUAAACCCAAAAUCUUGGAUUAAACUUUUAUCAUCAUUAUCAUCAACAUUAAAUUUAGCAGUUAAAGUCAAAUUCAACCUCCUCAACGUCAUUUAUAACAGCCUUCAUCAGCAUUAUCAUCAAUAUAUAACUAUAUGUAAACACCAAAGCAAUAUUAUAACAAACAACAACAACAACAAAGAAAAAAUAAAGGUUUUUUGAUACUUUGCUAAAAAAAAAACAAACAAACAAAAACAUAAUAACGGCAAUAUUAAGGGACCGUCCGCUCUUAGAGGAAAUAACACAAACAACAAACAAGCAAAUAAUUGUAAAAAUAAAAUAACUAACUAGCAGAGAAGAGAACCAAAACAACAACAACAACAACACACCAGCAACAGAGAACAACUUUAAAAAUUACAAUUGAUUUGAAGGAUCGUGUGCGGAUUAUACGGGUUUAAACAUAUUUAGCGAAUUAAUAAUAAAUAAUAUGUAAUAAAAUAAUAAUAAAAAAACAACAAACAUCAUCCUUUAAAAAAAAAAUAAUAAUAUUAUACGACAUGUUUUUGUUUUUAGUUAUUUUUUUUUAUAUAAGAACAAUUAACAUUAGAUUUUUUUUGUUUUUCUUACAUAUUUUGUUUAUUAUACUAUAAAUUUUGUAGCAUAAUUCUUUAAAUUUAAUAUUAAUGAUAAAGCUAAAGAUAAUAAUAAAACCUACAAGAGAAAAUUAAUUAAUUAAUUAUAUAAUUUAAAGAGAUCGGUGGAAAAAAACACACACAAAAACAAAUUAAUCUUAAAAGAGAAAAAAAUAAAUUUUAUUGCUAUUUAUAUAUAGAUUUAUAUAUAUUUAGUAAAUUACUACAUACACACACACCACUAUACUACUAUUUAUUUGUUUAUGUAUAUUUAAUAUUAUUAAAAAAAAAUAAAACUUUGAAAUAAAAAAAAAAACCAACAACACAUAGACAUUUGUUUAUAAAAUAGUAUGAGAAAUGAAAAAAAAAACAACUAAUCACAAGACUAUUCAGGUGUAAAAUAUAUAUAUAUAAAGAGUACAUAUAUAGAGAGAACAAAAAAAAAGAGAAAACUCAAAAAUACAUCCAAAUAAAGAGAAAACUUAAUAAACGUAAUGUAAAGUAACGCUUUAUUUUAAAUAUACUUACAAAACCUAUUAUAUAUAUAUAUGUAUAAAACAACAACAACAACAACUGAUUAUAAUUGAUGAUGUUUACUCCUGUCUCAAAGGGGGGGUCUUAUAAUUCGACCCUAACUCCUAACUCCUUGUUUGUUUAAGGAAAAAUUUACCAAAAAAAAAGCUUUUGUUUUUGUUUGUGUUCAAGAAAAUCCUUUAUUUUUAUUUAGAAAACUAAACAAAUUUCAGUUACUUUCUUAUUAGACUCUUAAUUUACUGUUAACUAAACAGUAAAUUUAAUAAAAAAAAAUUCUAAAAUUAAAGCAAAUAAUUAAGUACAUUUAGUGAAAAAAAACAAGAAAAAUUACUUUUAAUUAAGUAAAAUAAUAAAUAUUUUUAAAUAAACAAAAGCGUUACCAAAAUCAUUUCUAAAAAAAAAACAUAAGAAAAAAAAAAAAAACAAAUUGCUUUAAAAAAAACAAAACUUUUUCGGUGUCACGUGUUAGUAAAACAAAAAAUAAAACUAAAACAAACUACAAAUAGAAUAAUACCAAAAAAAAAAACAAUAAAAAAUCAACAAUUAUAAAGGAAAAUCAAUACUAAAACUUACACAAAAACAACAAGGAAAGAAAACAAAACUUGGUAAACUUAAAACAUUAAAACGCCAACAGGAUAAACACAGUGGUAAAACAGUUAUAUGACACACAUUUAAAGCCUAAAAGCUUAACUAAUAAAAAGGACACUUACUAAGGUUUAACAAGGUUAAAUUAAUUAUAAUAUGUUGAACACACACACACACACAGUUAACUGUAAAGAGAGACCUUUAAAAAAAUUUCUCUUAAUUUAGCAAUUUGCUAAUUAAGCGCCUUAGCUGGUAUGAGCUAUAAAUUAUAUUUGGCCCAAAUCUUAUCUUUAAAAUAGACUCUUGAAUAAAAAACAGCAAUAAGAUUAGUUAAGUGUAUAUUUUCUUAAGAACUAUUUGCAAAAAUUAGCACAAAAAAAAAACACCACAACUGAUAACUAAGAACAGCUGUGGGCAGUUAUACAUUUCCAAAGAAUUCAAAACUAACUCAACAAAAACCUCUCAAAAAUAAUCAAAAAUAUCAAUAAUUUCCUGAUCAAGACGCUACAAAGCUGCUAAAAAGAGUUUAAUAAGCCAAACAAGUAAAAUUUCUAAGAUGAGCUUUUAGGAAAGGAUUGAAAUUGUCUCAUUGAGGCCAAGCCAAAAAAAUAUCUUAAAAAGGUGCUUUAAUCUACCUUCUCAAGCCCAGCUUUUCUUUGUUCCAACUAGUGAUAACUCAGAAAAGACAAACUAUCUAAAAGUAAAAUCAUAACCCAGGUCAAUAGGAAAAAGUCUUUAAAAAAAACUACCAAAGAAAGAGAAAGUUGGAAUGAAAUCCAUACGAUACCCUAAAGGAGGUUAAUUGAUCGCUUUUGUUAUAGCAAAUUGACACCGGAUUCUCCAAAUUGACAUCGGAUUCUCCAUUACCUACGUAAAACAAAAACCACACAUGAAUUGGAAAUGUUAUUAGAGGUCUAUGUCCAACAGUUUUCUAUUCAAAAGCAGCAGCAGUAACAAUAUCUGAUUGAUUUGAUAUUUGAAGAACUAACUCAGUUAUCAAGGAAGGUGUAGGUCCAACAAUUCAGUUUGCAUUUCGAAAGCAGCAGCAUUACCAAGAUCUGAUAGAUUUGAUGUUUGAGGAACUAACUCAGUUAUCAAAGAAGGUGUAGGUCUAACGAUCCAGUUUGCUAUUCAAAAGCAGCAGCAAUAACAAGAUCUGAUUGAUUUGAUGUUUGUAGAAACAAGUCUAAUUUUCCAAAGACUAACAUCUUAAUGCCACUAUUUGACUCGCUAUAUACUAUAUACGAUCGAUCGAUUGAUUGAUACGAAGCAACUUUUGGCUACUUCCCUUAUCUCUUAAAGGUUUCGGAAACCAUUAUAAUAUUAUAACGCAAUAGAAUUAAAAGAAAAGCAAAAUAAGAAUGACCAAUAAAGUCUUCUUUAAAAAAAAUGUUCAGUUUCUUGUUGCUAUUUACUUCGCUAUUGACUAAAGAUCAGAUCUAGACAAUCUGCUUAAUUUGAGAUAAUGAUGACUCCAAGAGCCAAAUGUAAGCAAAAACAUUUAUAAUUUGAUCUUGAAUUGAAAAUUAAAGCAAGUGCGAAGGACCAAUUCAGCCUUGUUGCAAGAGAGGCGCAAUUGCUUGUUGCCUUAAACUUCGCAAUUGAAUAGGUUCCAAAGAUCUGAUUAGUAUAAUGUAGCUUCUUAGGAAGAAGCUUAGCUUCUUCGUUGGAGUUAAAAGGAAAAGAAACCAAAAGGAAAUCUGUCAAAUUAAUAAACUAUACUUGAAUUGAAAAUGAAAGCAAGUGCGAAGGACCAAUUCAGUCUCUUUUUUCAAAAGAUGUACAGUUUUUUAUACUAUUUGCUUCAGUACUAAGUUGAGUUUAAAGUUCUGAUUAAUUUCAUCAAAAGGCUAAAGGAAAUGCAGAAUUGAAAAAAGCAAGUGAGAAGGACCAAUUCAGUCUACUUUUUAAAAGAAGCACAGUUUUUCAAUGCUAUUUGCUUCGCAAUCGAUUACAGUCCUUAUAUCCGAUUGUUUGAUGGACUAAUUCAUUCUCCUUUUCAGAAGAAGAACAGUUUCUUGUUGCUAUUUGCCUUAUAAUAGACUAGAGUCCAAUGAUAUGAUAGAUUAGUUAAAACAUUUUGCGCCAUUGUCUUUAAAACACCAAAGAGAUCAAAGAAUCCGACUUCAAACUAUAGUUUCAUAUACAAAGAACUGGCUGAGCAGUUGGUGUCUGUAAUUAUAAACUAUUCAGUGAACGAUUCAAAGACAAAAUUAUUCAAAGGUCGUUUUAAAAUACUCCGAGUAAUACAGCUACCAUUUGUCCUGAUUGGUAAGUCAUGAACUAGAGUUUCAAUUGCUGGAAAUCAGUAACAUAAACAGACUAAUCUGGCAGCUUUUCCCACUUUAAACUAAACUAGUUUCAGACACAAAGAACUGUCUUGUGAAUGAUCCAGAUAUAAAAUCUUUUAAGGGAAUUUUUUACGGCUCAAUUUGUUAUUCAUCUUCAAAGGGUUAGAGUUGGUCGUGGGUUUGAAGUCAGGCAACAAGGACAAGAGCUGUGAGUCUUCCAAUUCAUUUGAACUAAACGGCCUGAAUUCCCAAGAAAGCUUUUUUCAAUGACAGCAUAUAGGCUGUGGUAUAUGCUUAUAGGAAAUAUACUUAAUACCAGGCCAAUACAAAGUUAAGCCACACAAUUCGCCUCCGUUUCAAAAGGUAACGCUGAGGCUUAGUAAAGUGUGGAGAAAGGUAAUGUUACCGAAAGUUUCUCUAAGGAUGCAUAUAUAUAGGAGAAUCACGUAAUACACUCAUGCAUUACAUCAGACAAAACUGCUUUCCUGCUUAAAUUAUAUUAGGAGCACAUGAUACAUUUCAGUUUAGACAUCCUGGUCCUAUAUGUUACAGAGAAAUAUCAAAUUAUUGCAUGGGACUACUAAACGGAUCAUUUACUGUAAAUAAGUUGCUCUUUAGCACUUGUUAAAGAAUGAUCACAUUGAACAUUUGCUUGAAAAUGCUCUGGAACUAAACUGUGGUUUCGGCUACUGUCCCAGUACAAGUAUUAAUGUACCCAUAAAAGUUUGGGUGUCAGAAUGUUUGAGUAAAACUUUCAAAGGAGAGGAAGAACAUCAGUAAUUUGCUAAAUUUCGGAAGUAUUAACACCUUUUAAGAUAGAGAGAAGUGUUAUUAGUGAAAUACUUUUACUAGUGUGAUUUGUGUUUAAAUUAAAGUUUACAUUAAUUAACAGCUCUGGCCACAUUAGUCUCACUUAUUGUGUGUUAACUGUGUUUUUUCAUAUUAUAGUUUACAACAAAUUUAUAAUGCCAGUAAUAAACAAAAAACGAACGUCUUUAACCCCUCUACACCCCAAGAAAGCCCUUAAGCAAAAGCUUUCCCACACUACUACGAACGACUACACUACAUGCUAACGUCAAGGAUAACAAGAAAAAGGACAGAAAGAAAACAAAAACAUAAUAAAUAACAUACACAUGCCAAACAACACAAGAGUUAGUCUCUUGAAUAAGAAAAAGUAACGGUAACCUAAAAACAAGAGAACAAAAUAGAGCGUAACUAAUA